ACCGAGCGAUUUGACAGAUGAUGUGGCUUAUCUUGAGAAUUUUAUAUGAAUAUUAUUAGUAGAUUUGCUAUAAUGCGAAAAUGUUUGUGUUGAAACUUACAAUAUUUAUGUUAUUUAUCUCGGUGCACCACUGUAGACUGCCUGAUAAAGUAUAUUGUGUUAAUCCGCAAUGUAAUGAGCCGAUAUCAAAAGCGAAAACCUUGCUGAGUUAUAACAGCGGCGAUAAAGACCUAAUGUCAUUUCGCGGGAAUGCUGAAGCUAUCAUUUUAAUGAAGUCAGCUGGUACUAAUCCUGACUUGUGGUAUGCAACCAUUGACGGUAAAUCUGGUUUUGUGAGCAACAGAUUUUUGAGGGAAAGUAGAGUAUUUGUUAAGGAACCUGAACAUAUUUUACCUACUGAAGUUAGAGAAAAACGAUCUGAGGAAGUUCUACCUGACAGAGUACAGCAAGUCCAUGAAGUAGUCGAAGGAACCACAAUUUACUCAGGUGAAGCAACCAGUGACAAUAGCCAAUAUGACAGCACUACUCACCCACCAGAGCUUUCACAUGACCAAUCUACUCCACCAAUCUUAAAUGCAGAUUAUGCUGAUGCUCUUUUUGAUAAAGGUCCUGAAAACACAAAUGCAAUGGAUGAGAAUUCUAGUCAACAAGUUAUAGAGUCAUCAUCAUUCCCUACUGAUUAUGAUUAUGCACAGCCAACUACUCCACCACCUUUACAUCAGCCAAUGACUGAAUCACCUAUACAUGGAACACUACAACAAAAUUCUGCCGAUUAUGAUGAUGCAUUAGGGCCAGAUCGACCAACUCAAAACAUUCCUGAAACCAUAGUUACUCAUGAACAAUUGAAUCCUCAUAGAAAUGUUGAUCAAAAUGUUCCAACCAUUGAACCCCUUCCAACUCCACAAUCCAUUGCUAGUGGAGAAGCCUCACUAGCUGCUCAAGUGCCUGAAAAUAUAGAUUUACUGCCACAAACCUUGGUACCAAAUUCUGUAGAAAAUAGAGAUUAUAGUGUAGAAAACAAUGUUUCCAAGGAAGCUCUAAAUAUUGUUGAACAACAAUAUUCAGAAUACAAGGACAGUUAUGAUAAGCAACAACCGACGCAAGAAAAAGAGCCCGACUAUGGAGAUGCUUUGUCUGAUGACUAUUUGCAAAAUUAUCGUAGAGUGGCUGAGAAUGGUCAAGUGCAAGAACCUACUAUUCAAACCAUCCCUGCAUUACAGCCAGAAGAUGCAAAUUCAGCAAGUGCUGAUGUUAAAGAACCUCCAGCUGUUGUUGAAACUACAAACCAAGCCACUAAUGACGAAACCACACCUGUAAUUGCAACGGAAAUUUCUAGCCAAGAACAAUAUCAAGAUAUUAUUCCUACUUUAGUACCACCAACACCUGUAGAUUCUUUGGAGAAUGUUGGAGGGGCUUAUGUAACACCUGCCCCAGAGAUAUUUUCUCCUGCAAGUAUACAAGAAAGCCAAGAACAGAAUUCUGAUUAUUCACAAACAAGUGAAAAUUCAGAUGUUAUAGCAGACACUAUCCCGGCUGUUGAUGUGCUUGAAGAUUAUACUGUUGUUUCAACUUUAACUCCUAAUGAGAAUACUGAAAGUGUCUCAGAAACACCAUCUACAGACACAACUGAGGAGUCUAUUACAACCAGUUAUGACCAAAUACUAGACUAUGACAGUGCCAAAACAGAAGCAACAUUUGAUGAAUACAGAAGAAAUGCAGACGAUGGAAUAAAUGAUGCUACUUACAUAAGAGAAGAUGAUGAAGAUCAUAGUUUAUUCUCAAAUGUCUUCACUACACUAUCCAGCUUAUGGUCAACUGAUGCACCUCCAAGUAAAGAAGAUGGCGCAGCUGAUGUUGAUCAACCAGAAAAUAAAGUUGAUGUUCUAUCUUGGUACUCAUUUGUCUCUUAUCUUACAAACGCUUUUAACUCUCAAGAAGAGACUAAAGCCCUGUUUGCUUCUUCUGGGAAUACUUGUUACAAAGAUGACUAUUGCGAUGGCAACUCUACAGACCAUAACAACCGUCUUCUCACAUUCCUUCUUACAACUGCAAGCUCAGUAUUGCUAUUCUGUUUGGGAUACUACUAUCUGGACAACAGACGGCAGGACAGCAAAUUUAUAGCCAAUAUCAAUUCAUUGCAGAGAGAUUUGUUGUUUGCUACAAAGGAGUGUGAGAUCCUUAAAGAGGAACUUACUGCUACUAAAACAAAAUUAGCGGGUAUUGAAGACAGUUCUUUCGGUAUGGACGACAUGGUCCAAUCGUUGAAGGAAGAAAUUAAUGAACUGAAAGCUCAAAAUGAAAGACUGAGGACGUCAUUAGAUGAUAAUGAGAAACUGCUAAGAGUGUCUGAGAAUACAGCAAGUGAACUACAGGCGGAAUUGGGUGAAGUAGAAAAUACUCUUAGUGAGCUCUUUGCUGAAAGAACAAACUCUGAAGAGCAAAUUGCAGAAUUGAAUGGUAAAAUCCAAGCAUUUGAAGCAGAAUUGAUAACAGUGAGUAGAGAUAGAGACAGUUUCCAGCUGAAAUAUGUAUCAGCAGAGGCUGCUUUAGAAGAAUCUAAAAAACAAAAGGAGAAAUUAGAUGAACUUAAUGAGAAAAUAAAGGAAGCAUGUAAUAAUAAUGAGUUGAAGAAACACGAAAUUAUUGCACUAAAGGAUACAAUAAAAGAGUUGAAGAAUGGAUUGUCAGGAAACGUCGAUGUAGGGUCGUUGAUCGAUCAUACGGAAAUCAAAGCUAAGUUGGCAAAGGCUUUGGAAGAAAAGAAAUCUUUCGAGAACAAAUAUGAGGUAGAACAUAAAGAAAGAAGUCGCCUAACGGAAGAGCUUCGUAUUGCUCAAGAAUCCUUGCGCACUACUAGUCAGCAUGCCUCUGAGGCCCUCACCAGACUCGAAGUCCUCGGCAAGUACUUCCAGGAGAGAGAAGGAGAACUUAUGAAAGAGCUAAGCACCAAAGAGUCUCUAUAUCUGAGCAAACAAGGAGAAUCGGCCAGCACUGUUGAAAAAAUGGAGUUGCUACAGCAAGAAAUACAGAGAUACAAAGAGAAAUGCGACGCUUUAACAUUAGAACUAGCAGAACAAGAAUCUACGCGUCGCACGGCGAUCGGUGAAGUAGAGGCGCGUGCGCACGCCGCGUGGCUAGAAGCACGUGCAGCGAAAAGAGAUGCUGACGCUGCUAGAGAAGAUGCUGCAGCGUUAAGGCGCAAGCUCGCCUCGCUUACUGUUGCCGAUGGGGCUGCCUCGCCACAUAGACCAGUAGUAUCACCUUUAGAUAGCGCGGACGGUGUAAUACCGCCGCCGCUGCCGCCUCUCGCAUUCCUACCGCCACCGCUGCUGCCACCACUGCCGCGCCCGCCGCCGCUUGGCCGCUUGCCUUCGCCACAUCCACCGCGGUGA